AUGGCUUAUUCAUCAUCAUCUUCGGAUGAUGCGUCGGAUCCAGAGCCUACCGUUCCCAGCAUGUACAUCAUACCUGGGCCUUAUAGAUGGGACGUCCUUCGUAAGAGGACGCAACAUGCCUAUAUUUCACAACAAGUGUGGAAUACGGAGCAUGUGAGGAGACUGAAGACCAGGCGUGGGAAACCACAGGGGGGGCCACCUACCGGGGCUAUUCCAGAGGUGGUCACAGACUACCUUACACAGGCUGGAUUAAUCCAUGUUGCCCGAAUGCGACAUCUCCACAUCGAUGCCCCAUUAAUUAGUGCUCUGGUCGAGAGGUGGAGACCAGAGACACAUACCUUCCACAUGACCCAAGGUGAGAUGACUAUCACCUUACAGGAUGUGGCCGGCAUAUUGGGAUUGCCUACUGACGGUAUUGUCGUUACCGGAUCUACAAAUGAGGAUUGGCCCGCUGUUUCUGCUGCUGUUUUUGGUGCGGCUCCACAGGCCAAUGAGUUCCAUCAUUCAGGUGACCUCCGCAUCUCAUUCUUAGAUCGGUUAUAUGCCCGGUGGACUGAUCAUGCUGGGGAUCAUGAUCACGAGAUAUAUUUCACAAAGGCGCACAUUGCCCGCAUGUUGGGGUGUUGGUUGUUGGCGGACAAGUCUGGAGGUAGCAAUAUCGGUUGUCGGCUAGUCCCGUUGCUGGGGGGUGGAUUUGAUGAGAUUGGUCGUUUCAGCUGGGGAUCUGCGGUUCUGGCACACUUGUUCAGGAACUUGUGCGAAUUAACAGAUGUCGGUCGAUCAGACAUGGGUGGUUGCCAUAUUCUUCUUCAGAUUUAG